AUGCUCUGAGUACGAUAAUCUGGCAGCGGUGCGUCACUCACUAACUCCCGUGGGUGGUUGGGCGUCGGUGUUCCAGGUCUUCUCCUUUUAAUUAAUCGCGUCCAGGCCGGUUUAUGAAGCAGCUGAGGGAGAAGACAGGGAGAAACACUGUGCUGUGGCCGGAGGGAGGGCAGGAGGGAGCAGCAGGGCCACCAUGCCGCCCCUCCUCCAGCCCCACCAGCUCCUGUGGGCGAGCAUCAAUGCGGCGAGUGGUAUGGUGUUGACGCAGGUCCUGGCAGGCCCAGACCACUUCCAGGAAAGCAAGAUCCGCAUGUUGCUGCACCAGGUGCUACCACCAGUGCUGCUUCAAAAUGUGCUGGACUGUGUGCUGCACCAGUUGGCUGUACAUCACCCCAUGAGCACUUCUCCUUCCAUUAUAUCCUGCCUUUUACGGAUCUUGGCCCACCCCAAUAUCACCAAGUUCCAGCUGUCAGAUCUUAGUUAUGCUGGGACAGUGGAGCUGGAAGCCUUGGACAAGGUGGAGUCAACUCUCAUCCAGCUCCUGCCAUCCUUUAACCGCCUCACCCACCUUAACCUGUCCACCCACCGACAGAAGGUGACCCUGCCUUCUUGCUCUUCGGGGGUGCUAGAGGCAGUGGGGCGGUGCUGCCCAAAUUUGGUGCUGCUUAACCUUAACCACAACAACAGAGUCACCUCUGAGGGUUUGUUGCACCUUUACCCAGGGAAACAACGGCCCGGCUGCCUCAAACUGGAGAAACUCUUCAUCCAAGAUUGUGGUGCUGAGCCUGAGGAUGUGGCGAUGCUACUCCAUUUCUUUCCAGCGCUGCAGCUGAUUGGCUUCUCAGAACUGGGAACAUCCCUGCAGAUGCUGCACUCUCAACCCUGGUGGUGUAAGGGCAGCAAGCGCCAGCGGCGGCAAUACAAGUUGCGGCUGACUCAUGUGGACAACACAAUGUCACGGGUGCAACGGUGUGAUGGGGAAAUUGUGGACUUCUUGGUGGAUUCCUGCCCAGAUGUGGAGAAUCUCAAGAUCCGUGUGUGUGACGAGGAUGUGGGGCAGCUGGCCCGACUGACACGUUUAACACACCUAGAGCUGCGGUUCUUUACGGGCAUCCACCACCCUAUGGGCAAUGCCACUGUUCAUUACCUGACAGGACCUGGUGGUGCUGGCUUGGCUUCCCUCACUCUGUUCUGCUAUCGUCUCCAUGCAUGGCAUGUGGCCACCAUUGCCCAAAAUUGCCCCAACCUAGUGAAGUUGUACCUCUAUGCCAACUUAGCUGUGGCUGACACACCCCUCACCUCCCACAUCAACAAAAUGCAAAAAUUAGAGGUACUUAGUUUACGCCUUGGGCAUGAUGAGCUGACCCUAAGCCCCACCGCCUGUGACCUGCUGCUCUUCCUUAUAAGAGGCGCCCUCUGCAUUCGGGAGCUGUUCUUGAUGGUGCGGUCACUUGGGUUGACCCAUGAUUUCAUGGUGAAUCUUCUUAAUGAAAAUCCCCUUGCUUCUCUUAAGAUAUUCAUAGCGGAUGUCCCAAGGAGGACCAUGGCAGCCCCCAUGCUGGAGUUCAAUAUAGAAACAGCAUACCUGCUUAUCAACACCUGCUGCAACCUGCAGAUGCUCGGGAACCUCAUCUGUUGGAAUAUAACUCCAGAAGAGGUUGCUGAACUGCAGGCAAUGAAGCGACUAUGCAACUAUAAUCUUACCAUCAUCUACAAGCACUCCAACAAGAUAAAUAACAAGUUAACAAAUUAGCCAGCCAAUGAGACUGACAGUCAUUUAACUAGCUGGUGUUGCAUCUGCCAACAAAGUUGUUGCAAGAAAGUAUGUAGACCCCUCAGCAUAUAUGUGUAUGUAUGCAACAACACAGCACAGAACAACAGCACUGCACAACACAACAUGAUAGCUUCUUGACAUCUGAACAUGGACUGUUCUCUGUACACCUAAAGAGUCCAUCUGGCCAAACUUAUGCAGCCACCAUUUGCUUUUCUCCUACAAGAGGAGAGUUAAGGUUGCAGUUGACACCUACACUGGAUGCCACUUCACCUCAUACCACUCAACAUGUAACUGAAGCUGCACACCUUCAACAACAAGAAUAUACUUUCAAUGCAGGGUAUAGGGUAACACAUGGUAGAAGUUGUGGCAAUCCCUGCAGACAGCAGCCUGCUUGGGGAGCCAAGCUGAAUAACCACAGCAUGGUGUGUGUGUGUGUGCUCUCUCUCUCUCUCUCUCUCUCUCUCUCUCUCUCUCUCUCUCUCUCUCUCUCUCUCACACACACACACACACACCUAUCUAUCUAUCUCGGACGUGCCAGCCUGUUGGCCUCUCCCCUUCCCCUUCAUCACCGUCUCCCCUUUCAUCAAGAAACACUACUUUGCAAGUUAUUUUUGUGACACUAAGUGAAAUCAUGGUGACCGUCUGACAGAGUGAGUGGAGUGCGUGUGUGGUAUACCAGGAGGACACAGAUCGCCGACCGAUACCGCCUCUUCCUGCUCUCAGGCCACUUGCUGCUACCUGACCCAGCAUUUUGACCUGGGGAUGACCUCGGAUUAACACCCACUCGCCUUCCAGAAGAGGAUUACAUUCCCGCCUCAUCGCUCUACCACACCGCACUCCACCACCUCCUCACCCCUCAAACAUCAUCACAACUUUCCCUCCGUUACUGUAAAUUACCUACCCCCACACCCCAUUCAUAUUUGUACACUUUGUAAUCUUAAUAUGUACAUUUUCAGCCUAACGGCUGCCAUCUCCGAAAUAAACCGAUUAUUAUUAUUAUUAUUAUUAAUUAUUAUUAUUAUUAUUACACACACACACACACACAAAAAAAGAGUCAGUUUGUCAUUUGCUUCAAGAAAUGGAAAUACCCUCAUGACACAUUUUUGUAUGUACUAGUGCUGCUAAUGUAUUGUAAAUAUAAAAUGGUUGUUGUUGCAUCUGUAUAUUUUUUAUUUCUUCUUUCACUUUAUUUUGUAAAUUAUAAUCAUCAAUCCCUUUCAUUACAUACUAUAUUUAUUUUAUUUAUGUUUUCAUCCCAUGGUUGAAAACUCAAUAAACCAUCACAUAUGA